CCACCGUGUAUUCGGCUAGAUAUCACUGCUUUAUCAGGUUAAAUAUCAGAACACGGAAGGCCAGAAUUCCUUGGACAUAGGACAGGUGGUGUGGCCAGCUUGGGAACAACAUUUGGGUACUCCAUCAUCCAUAUCCUACCAAUCUCCCCCAAGCAAGAUCAAAUCGACGGAGCACGUCGCUGGUGACAGGCUUCAGCGCACCCAAAAAUACGCGCUUUCUGGUCCGAAGGCAAGGAAAAACUUCACAUUCGGCCAAAUUACUGCGGUUGGUCAAUGAACUGGCGCUGA